AUGCGAUGCACCACCCUCACUACCCUGCUGACCGGCGUCAUGUUGUACCUGGGGAUGGGAGCGCUUGUUUUUGUCACCCUGGAGACCCCUAAGGAAAGUGAGGCACAUGAAAAUCUGCUAAAGGCCAAGGAAGUCUUCCUUAAUAAUAAAUCCUGCGUCUCCGAGGUGGAUUUCCACGAGCUUGUGAAGAAACUGGUGUCCGCUGUCGAGGCAGGUCUGGAUGUUAGCAGCCUUUCUGCCAACCUGACCAGCCGCUGGGACAUGGGCUCUGCCUUCUUCUUCUGUGGUACCAUCAUUACCACGAUAGGCUUCGGUAACCUGUCCCCUCGAACGUGGUUCGGACAGCUGUUCUGUGUGUGUUACGCCCUGUUCGGCAUCCCCAUGUUUGGCAUCCUGCUCGCUGGCGUGGGCGACCACAUGGGCACGGUGCUGCGGAGAGCUGUGGCCAAAAUUGAGACCCUCUUUUUGAAACGCAAGAUCAGGCCCACGACCGUGCGCGUGAUCUCAGCCGUUCUCUCCAUCCUGAUCGGAUGCUUGAUCUUCCUCGCCGUGCCCACGGUCGUGUUUCAAAGAGUGGAGCGGUGGUCGUUUCUGGAGUCGCUGUACUUCGUGGUCAUCACCCUCACCACCGUUGGAUUCGGGGACUAUGUACCAGGUGGAGGUUAUGAAGGUGGCACAAUCUUUAAGCCUCUGGUUUUGUUGUGGAUCGUUUUCGGUCUCGCCUACUUCGCCUCCAUCCUCACCAUGAUCGCCAACUGGCUAAGGGUUCUGUCAAAAAAAACCCGCGCUGAGAUGGAGGAGUUGAGGGCGCACGCCACAGACUGGACCCAGAACAUGGACUUCCGCAUCCCAAACCCUCUGGAAUUUAACGACCCUUUUCUUCUUCAGCGCCGGCGAUGGAAACGCAGCGAGCGCCGUCGCAUUCGCCGAGGAGCCCAGGGCACUCUGGGAUAUUGGGUUCGAGGCAGAUCUGAGAAUGGACACCUGCCAAACCGCUGGGCCGGCCUCUCCAGCUCCAUGAGCCAGCUGGAUGCUCGCUCGUCUCUAGAGAAGGCUGUGGUGGUGAAGGCCAGGCCACGGUUGAGUGCAGCUGGAGAGGCAGCAGUCCUGAGAGCAGCGGCAGGAAGCAGAGCAGACCCUGCUGUGGGUGUGCAGGGCCAGGGAAGGUCAAUUCACCACCUCAUAGCCCGCUCAUUUUCCCUCCCUGUGGCCCGAUCCACCUCAGAGCUGGACUCCACAGGAGCAGCCAUGCACGAUGGAUCCUUCUUUGGAUCUGAGUCUCUGUUUGACUCCAGGUCAGAGGGAUCCUCAGUGUCUUUGUCAUUCCCAGCGCUCCCCAUCUUCCAGCCCAUCAGCUGGGUGGAGCAGGGGGACGUGACUCUUACACAGAUGAACACAGAACAAGAAAAAGACAAACAGAUUCCAGCAGAACACUUGGAACCUCAGGCAAGCAGUCACCAGUCACCUGUUCCAAUUUUUCUGUCCCAGUCCCCCCCUCCUCCCGUUGAACUUUGUCCUCCCUCCCCUCACGGCCCCAUUGGCGCCUCACCAGACUGCCAGCUGCUGGAUUUUUUUGGGGAGAACCUGGCGUACAUCGACGAGUCUUCCGACACGCUGAGUGACCGCGCCCAGUCUGCGGCGGGCGAAGAGAACAUGAGGCGGCCGCGAAAAACCAAGAGGAGGAGCAUGAGGAGAGAGCUGCCACACGCACGGAGCCCAGCGCAGGUGAGGAGGCCUAGCAUGCAGCCGCCGUCGAACCCCCCAACGCCUCCUCCAGACUUGUCUCCCUCGGACCCUCUUCCAUCAGAGAUACAGAUAGACUCGCAUCUCUGCUGA